AUGGAGCGUAGGUUUAGAACGUUUAUAGCACAGUAUGUUAUUUUUGUUCAUGAUCGUUCUAUUUAAUUUUUUGUACCUACAGGAAAGGUACCAAUUAACUUUUUUUUUUCUGUGCAAUAUGGACAAAUUGGUAUUUAUUGGUGACUGGGUUAAAGAUAGAGUUUUGGGAUCAGGCAGUUUCGGUAUAGUUGUACUUUGGAAACAUCAGAAGACUCAAGAAAGACUCGCUAUCAAAACUUGUAAAUGGGGCGAGGAACUCACAGAUAAACACAAAGAAAGAUGGACAAAAGAAGUGGAAAUUCUCAAAACUUACCACAACCCUAACAUUGUCGGAACAAAACCUUUACCCCCAGAACUAGAGGAAGGUUUACACUCUGUCAAUCCUUCUAAAUUGCCUAUUUUAUGUAUGGAAUUUUGCGCUGGAGGUAAUUUAAGACAACACUUGAAUCUAGCCGAAUCUUGCAAUGGUUUGAGAGAAGUACAAGUUCGUCAGAUACUAAAGGAUAUGGGGAAUGCUCUUCAAUUCCUCCAUAGUAAUAAAAUUACACACAGAGAUGUCAAACCAGAGAAUAUUGUCAUACAUGUUUUAGAAAAUGAGAAUGGAAUCCAAGGUAGGAAAAAAGUUGUAUAUAAACUCAUUGACCUUGGUUAUGCCAAAGAAAUUGAUUCAAAUUCUGUAUGUGCCAGCUUUGUAGGGACUUUGCAAUACCUAGCCCCAGAAAUAUUUUACAGUAAAACAUAUAGCAACUCUGUGGACUUUUGGUCUUUUGGGCUCCUAGCAUUUGAAGUGAUUUGUGGCACUCGGCCCUUUCUUCCGUUUAUGGCCCCUGUGCAGUGGAUGCCGCAUGUUAAAGCCAAAACACAUGACAACAUAUGUGUGUAUGAAACUUUUCAUGGUGAUAUUAAAUAUUCAAAUGAAAUAUUCCCUGAAAAUCAUAUAUCUAAGCCCUUGAAGAUUUUAAUUGAGGAAUGGUUAAAGGUAGCUCUGGAAUGGGAUCCAAAACUGAGAGGAAGAGAUGCUCCUUCUAAGGUAACAUUUAAUAUACCAUCUGAAGAAAAGGGUAUCACAACAAGCAACAUUAUUGUUUUUAGUCUACUGGAAAAUAUUUUAUCUAGAAAAAUUCUUAAAGUAUUUUCAGUUCCCACAUUGACACAGCAUGCAUAUGAAAUUUUUGACACAACUACUUCUGCUACAUUGAAAAAUUGGAUUGAAAAAGAUUUAGGCAUUGCUCCUGUGGACCAAAUAUUAAUUUCCCAAAAUAACUAUGCAAAUAUUGAUAAUGACAAUGUUCUUGUAAAACAUUGGGAUGACAGUGGUACUUACAUAAUAUUUCUGUUCAGUAAAUCAUAUUUAAUAAAAGAAAAUACAGAAGUCAUAGUGCCCGAACUGGUCCAGCGAUAUACAAAAUCUUCAGUGUCAUUGGAACUCCUACAGAAUUUUAAAAACUGUCAGAAUUUGUAUAAGAACAGUUUUUACUUUGUUAUGACUCAGAUGGAAACUUAUGAUUCCCUUAUUAAAGGGUUAUUUGUCAGAGCAGAAUCACUUAAAAAUGAGAGUAAAGAUUUACUUCUUAGACACAAUGAAGUAGAUAAGGCUAUAGGUAAACUACUUGUUAAGGAAGAAACUAUUAAAAAAUUCAGUGAACAAGGAAAAGAACAUAUAUGUCAUUUGAAAGAAAAUGGAUUAAGCACUAAUGUUUUGGGUGGAUUUGAGAAACUAUUUAUAGAAGUAGAUGAAGUAACUGAAGACAUAAGUAAAUUACAAAGUGCAUGGUCUCAGUUGACUGUCAGAGUUGAGUCAGCAGCUAGACGUCGUAUUGAAGGCAUUCCCACAGAACUGAACACAUUUGUUACCAAAUACAAUUAUCAAGCUCUUUUCACUAGAGCUCAAAAUACUUAUGUUGCAUACAAGAGAGUUGAAAACUUUAAUGAUUCUAAAAGCAGAGAAAAGGUGAUUGACAUUAUACAAGUUUUCAAAGAUUGUAUUAAAUUAAGAAAUAAAAUACUUGCUGAAAUGCGUCAUCAGCCAUUUUAUCUCAAAAUAAUGGACUUGAGUAUUGAACUUUCUAAGAUUUCGGAAAUUAUUACAAAUGCUUCAGGUCAUGCACAACAGAUAAGCAGCCAAUCAAAUUCUAUCAUGGAAAAGCUUUCUAAAUGCAUGUGGUCUACAAUAAGUCUAUUAGCCGGUGAUGCUAAUAACAUAGCUGAUCUUCCAUAUAGUGUUGUUUCAAUACAGAAAAGUAAUUUUAAAAUUGGGGAACCUGUGUCUAGUCAUUGUAUGAAAAUUGUAGACACCAAUAAUGUUAAAGAAGAUGAGGAACUUAAAUCACUCAUAGAAGAAAGUUUGAAACUAAGGCAAAGUCACAUUCAACUGACAGAAAAAAUUAAACUGUCUAAAAAUUUGUUAGACAAAAAGACUAAUUUGGAUUUUAGCUUUUUAAAUGAUCAAUAACAUUUUAUUGUUAUAUGCUAAUGCAUGCGUGGUUUGAGUAGGUAUUUUGAUAUUUUUUUGUUUCAUUUAUCAAAAUCAUUUAUUGUUUACAUAUUACAUAUUUUGUCAUAGACAACUUUUUCAAUAGUGUUAUGUCAGUAACAUACGUAAAGUAAGUACCCAAUGUUGACAUGUGCAAGAGUAAUGAAAUCACAUAAAUCUAGUCUAUUCUGUUAAGUGUUUAUUAGGCAGUAAAAUUGAAUAUUUGGUGCUAUUUUAUAAUAGAUUUUUUAGAAAUAUAGAUAUAUAUGAUAUUUUGUUACUCAUACAAAAAUCAUUGUUAACAAAAUGUGAGUAAUAUUUUUUUAUUAAGAUUUUAUAUAAAAUACAGUACACAAAGCUCGUUUUAUCAUAUUUGUUAAACUGCUUUUUAUAAAUGAUAUUAAAACAC